UAAACAGGGCUUUCUUUCCAAGGAGUUAUGCCAUAUUGACAUUAACGAAGACAAGCUUAGAAAAGAAACCCAAUCUAAGGUGAAACUUAUUUCUCGUGGAUCCGUUAAACGAAGCAGCGUUUCUCCUUCACUCGUCCCUUAAGACACCAAUCCCAAACAGCUCACCUUUCUCUUCCCUUUCAACUGAAUUUUAUUGCCCAAUCAAUAAAUCGCCCUCCUCUCCCUCACAUCACCUUCGUCCCAAACAUAUCACAAAAAAAAAAAAGAGAAAAGAAGAAGAGAGUCUUCAACAUUGAACCCUUUUUCCUCUCUUCUUCCCCUCGGCCCUCUCAUUGUUCUUCUUCCUAUUCUCAGAUCGAAUCUACACACAGGUUCCCAAUGAUUCGCUAAAGAAAGGGAAGAAAAACUAGAUGGGUACAUAGGACAAUCAAGUCGAACUGGGGCGGUUAGUGAGGAACAAUGGAGGUGCAGAGGCUUAGGCAAUUGAUGCUCCUUUGGUCAAGAAUCCGAAGCACCCGUGUGGCCCUCGUGGGUGGAAACCAUACCGCUGCCAGGUUUUGCACUCGCUAAAUUCCCCUCCCUCUCCUCUCGCCUGCAUCAUCUCUCCCCCUUUCUUUCUUUCUUUCUCUGUCAUCAAUCAUCAUCGUCUGUUGUAAAAACAAUAACCCAUUUACCAGAAAGCCUGUGACACUCUGUUCUUCCCUCCCUCACCUGCUCUUAGAAAGAUUCAGAUCGAAUCCUCUAACAUUUGAAGUAGAAAAUUCGAAGAAGAAAUGGGGUUGGCUCCAGGAUUUCGAGCCACCAAGAUCAAGAAAAUGUACAGAGGGGGAAUCACUGUGACUCCUGACAACCAUCUCGUAAUUAAUUUACCCGAUUUAAGGAUUCUCAAUGUUAUCACUCGAUCGGUGCUUCUGGCCUUGGCCAUUAUCAGUACCCCCUGGCUUGGAACUCUUGUCAUUGGGGACCCUUUCUUCUCUUACAAUAUUGCUGCCUCUGAGGCCCGCAUCAACGGUGAACCAUCGUUGCCAGUGCUCCUUCGGGACUUAACCAACGAGGGCCUCCUCAAAUCGGACGACAAAGCCCUCUUUUUGAGCUACCGAGGCGAAGUCGACAAUGGACAGAUCCUGAAUUCCCACCAAGAGAUGGAUCUCAUCUCUGAAUCCGAUGCCAAGCGGCAGAGCUCGAUCCCAGAUGGCACAUUUGAUUUCGUCUUCGCGUUUGGAUUCGGUGCUGGGGAAUUUAUUGAUCGAAGCCUCAAGACCGGCGGAAUCGUCGCCAUUCAAAUGAGCAACGACGCCUCGAAAGCCUUCCACAAGCCCUCGAACUACAAAAUCGUUUUUCUCAGGCAAUACGAAUCCACGGUCUUGGCGAUGAGGAAGACCAACCCUGCUCAGACCAAGUCACCGAUGAAGAGGCGCCUCUUUGGAUUGUCAUCCGAAGCCAAGAAGGCAGCAUUGAACGGCCUAGAAGAUGUUCUGCUCGAACCGCCACGAGUUUCUUCAGUAAAGCAGAGCAAGAAGUACUUGAAGAGGACCAAAUACCUUCCCGACCUUAUAGGUGAUUCUCUAGAAGAGUACCCUCGUCGCGUCUUCAUCGAUGUUGGCUUACCGGACAAUGACGACAAUGGCACCCCGAGAUGGUUCGAGCAGAACUACCCAACAAGGAAUCGAGAUUUUGAGAUGUAUAAGGUAGAGACAGUGAACGAAGGCGUAUCAGGGGAGUCGGGGGAGUCAGUGCCACAGAUGAGCAUGUCGGAUUGGUUGAUGAAGAAUGUGAGGGAAGAGGAGUAUGUGGUGAUGAAGGCAGAAGCAGAGAUAGUGGAGGAGAUGGUGAAGAACAGGGCAAUCAAUUUAGUAGAUGAGCUGUUUCUAGAGUGCAAACACCAGGGGCUAGGGGGGAGGAAGAACAAGAGCAGGAGGGCGUAUUGGGAGUGCUUGGCUCUCUAUGGAAGGUUGAGGGACGAAGGAGUUGCUGUGCAUCAAUGGUGGGGUUGAGAAAGAUUUAAACUUUGAGAGAGAGAGAGAGAGAGAGAGAAAGAGGGAAGAAAGACAAAAGCCAAUCUUUUGAUUUUCUUUUCUCUGGGUGUCCUGUGGGUUAUAUAGCCUACACAGAAUGUGAGCGAGAGUGUGAUGCGGAGGGGUGCGUGAAGCAUUUACCAUCAUCUUUCAAGUUAUUUAUUUAUUUUUUUUUUUUCUUCCAAUGGUUUAAUUCCUUCUCCCAACCCCUCCCUCCAAGAACAAUGUUUCAGCUGUCUUCCAAUAGUAUGGGGAUUGCCACUGUUUUCAGUUUCCUUGUCACUUGUAAUUGUCAUCAAAACUCCAAUAAAUGAAUAAGAGUCUUCUUUUAUUUUGAAUUGAAA